GGGCGGGGUCUGAGUAUCAAGUUGCAGGCUAGAUUGAUUACUUUUGAAUAUUAAAGGGCAAGGAGGCCGGAGGAGAUUUUUAACUGGGACUCUGGAGCGCCACUGUUCUGCUGUUCGUCGCUUCUUCACCUCUCUUUUUUUCUUUUCUUUUUGCCCUCCUGUGUGCUGAGGCAGGGGUCAACUGAAUGACAAACGAAAGGGUCGCGGUCCUGGAGAGCGAGAGGGAGAGGAAACGAGUGAUAGGAAGAGAGGGAGAGAAAGAGGGAGACGCUCAGCUGUGGGGCAAAUGAGGGGACUUGGUCAGAGGAGAAACAGGAGAGAGGGGUGUGUGUUUAGGAGAAGGAGGGUGGUGGAGGGGAGCGGUGGAGACUCAGUUGAGGGGGAGGGGUAGAAUAAAGGGGUGGUGGUGAACGCUCUUCUCUCUGUCGGGCAGGCUAUAUGCUUUUUAAAGGCGGCGGACGGGCAGACUGCCUUUUGUCUGUUCCUGGUACCGGGGCCCAAGGAAGUUGAGGGCUACAGAGAUUUUGUGUGUCAGCCAGCCCCCCCUCUCUCUUCUACAAUGCAGAGUAGAGUACAGCCUUUCUCUCUCCUGCUCUCCCACAGCCUACUACACAGCAUGAAGGGCACAGGCGAUGCAUUUACCUGAGCAGUGAACACCUCCCUAUGCAGAAACAGCUACCCGCAGUGCAUCACUCCAAUCUGAAAAGUCACUCCUUUCUUGCACCUCGGACUCCCCUCUUGCAGAAUCUACAAGAACAGGACCUGUACAGGCAAAAUGAGGAGAUAGAGAGGGGAGAGAAAGGGGAGAGACGGAUGCAGGAGGAGAAGCGGCAGCGGAUGGUCAGUGUUGCCGACGAAGCACACGGUGCAGUGAGCAUGUCUGCAGAUUCGUUUGGCGCCGGGGGCAGCGAUGCCCAACAGAGCCUACAGUCCUUCUGGCCCCGCGUCAUGGAAGAGAUCAGGAACCUCACGGUGAAGGAUUUCCGCGUGCAGGAGUUGCCUCUCGCCCGAAUCAAGAAAAUCAUGAAGCUGGAUGAAGAUGUGAAGAUGAUCAGUGCGGAGGCUCCGGUGCUGUUUGCCAAGGCAGCUCAGAUCUUCAUCACAGAGCUCACGCUGAGGGCCUGGAUUCACACUGAAGACAACAAGAGACGCACCUUACAGAGGAACGACAUUGCCAUGGCGAUAACGAAGUUCGACCAGUUUGACUUCCUUAUCGACAUUGUUCCCCGGGACGAGCUCAAGCCCCCCAAACGACAGGAGGAGGUGCGUCAGUCGGUGGCCCCAGCAGAGCCGGUUCAGUACUACUUCACCCUGGCUCAGCAGCCAGGCCAGGUGCAGGGCCAGCAGGCCACUGGACAACAGGCUGCCACCAUCCAGCCUGGACAGAUCAUCAUCGCGCAGCCACAGCAAGGACAGGUGCUGCAGGGGACCACAAUGCAACAGUUACAGCAGGUGCAGGUAGCCCAGUCACAGGGCACACCUAUCACGGGAGGGGCUCCAAUGACCAUGCAGGUGGGGGACCAGCAGGUCCAGAUUGUACAGGCGUCGUCCCAGGGCCAGACCCAGACGGUGCAGUCAGGACAGACCAUGCAGGUCAUGCAGCAGAUAAUCACCAACUCCGCAGAGAUCCAGCAGAUACCAGUGCAGCUGAACAAUGGUCAGUUGCAGUACAUCCGGCUGGCACAGCCUGUCUCUGGCACACAGGUGGUUCAGGGACAGAUCCAGACGCUGGGUAACACUCAGCAGGUACAGAUUACACAGACAGAGCAAGGCCAGCAGCAAUUCAACCAGUUUACUGACGGACAGCAGUUGUAUCAGAUUCAGCAGGUGAUGCCAGCGGGACAGGACCUGAGCCAGCCCUUGUUCAUCCAGUCCACCAAUCAGACGGCCGAUGGACAGGUCACCACACAGGUCAGCACAGACUGAGGCUCUGGAAGCAUCCUCCUGACCCCCCAGACCACCAAACCAUUGACCACACCACCUGCUACCAUCCAUAAGGACAGUACUGGCUCAAACCGCCAAGGGACCUCCUAGGAGGCGUCCAAAAUGGUCAAAAGUAGAGCCCAAUAUAGGGUGCCAUUUGGGAUGUACCCUCAUUCUCAUUCAAUACACUGGUCUAUGACAUGAUACUUAAAAGGGACUGUCUGACAACAACAGUUCUUUAUUCAGUGUACUGGGUCAGAUACCAAAGGGACUGUCUGACAACAACAGUUCUUUAUUCAGUGUACUGGGUCAGAUACCAAAGGGACUGUCUGACAACAACAGUUCUUUAUUCAGUGUACAGGGUCAGAUACCAAAGGGACUGUCUGACAACAACAGUUCUUUAUUCAGUGUACUGGGUCAGAUACCAAAGGGACUGUCUGACAACAACAGUUCUUUAUUCAGUGUACUGGGUCAGAUACCAAAGGGACUGUCUGACAACAACAGUUCUUUAUUCAGUGUACUGGGUCAGAUACCAAAGGGACUGUCUGACAACAACAGUUCUUUAUUCAGUGUACUGGGUCAGAUACCAAAGGGACUGCUCUACAACUCCCUCUCAUUCCCAUUUCAUAUCGUCUCUCUCUGCCUCCAUUAGUUCCUCCAGGCACCCACUCUCACCUGAUACGUUCCCCAGAAAAGCCUCACUUAGUGCCCAUUCAUGAGAGCUACACAAAGGUUAUCGGAACGCUGAAUCCUCCAGGACCCAACUCUCCUCCGUUUUAGUGACCAACUGUUCAUCCUCAGUGUCUGUAUACCCUUUAUGUACAAACCUCCUCUGUAUAUUCUCUGUCUCUCUGUGAAGUACACCAUAUGGUUGGCUCUUGUGUUCUCUAUGUGUGCCUCCCAAAUGGCUCCCUAUUCCCUAUACAAUGCACUCAUUUUGACCACGGUCCAAAGGGUUUUGGUCAAAAGUAGUGCUCUAUAGAGGGAAUGGGAUGCAUCCCCAUGCAUUCUAUUCCCUCUAGAGCACUACUUUUGACCAAAACCCUUUGGUAUCUGACCCAGGCUUGGCCCUUGUUUUGUCUCCAAGCCAAGAGAACAUGAAUCCUUUCUUUGUAAUGUUUUUAUGUGUAGACGUUUAAAAUAAUAAACUAUAAAGCCAUACUCUUACCUAAACCAUUUAAUUCACAAUAAAUCAUUGUCAAUUGUACGAGACCAGCCAUGAUAGGUCAAUUAAGUUAUGUUAGUUUCUCGCAGGUUUUUCACAUUGACGAGACAUUGCCAUCGAUGAAAGGGCUUCUAACUGUAUGAUUGAGUUUGUGUGUGUGUGUCAUUCAAUAUUGUGCAGUUACUGCAGUAUACUUUCCCCGUGGCCCUCUUCAUCUCUUCCAUUCCCCUCUCUAUCUCUCCAUUCAUUUCCACUGAUCACUCUAUCAUUGUUAGAGCAGGGAGGGGUUAGGCCUUUCUGUCUCUAUGCAGUCUCUUCUUUCUCCCCUUCUCUCUUUUUCUCUCCCUUUACUUUUUUCUCUAUCCUGAGGGGUUUGUGGUUCUCCUGCCCUGCUCUCAGAGGAAGCCUCCUGUAUAAAAACAACUCCACUGGAGGAAAGGCCCCUUUUUAGAAACUCUUUUUUUGAAUACCUGUUGUAACUUGUCAAUGUUCAUUUGUUUUUAUGACCCCCCCUCUUCCUCCUCCCCUUUCUUAUUUAGUAAGUUUAAUUAUUAUCAUUGUUGUUCUUAUUAUUGUCGAUUUGCAUGUAGUUUAAACUGCCAGCAUGAUAUGCAAUAGAUGGGUAGACAUUCUAUUUUGUAAGCAAACUUUGGGUUUGUGAGAAAAUAAAAUGCAAAUAAAAAACAUUACAUCUUUUUUCAA